CGAAUUUGCAGCAAAAUUUAUUGUUUGAUAAUGCCAUCAGUGAGUUUGAUCAAGCAAAGAUGAAUGAUUCACGAAGUACCACUGAAGAAGGAUCAAUAAAUGACGAUGAGCAUAUCUAUGCAAAUGUUCGAGAAAUGGAGGAAGAAAGUCGACGACAAGAGCAGCCACCCAUUCCAGGUUCUACCGAUGAAGCAGUUCGCGAUGUCGGAGGUGGAUGGUAUGAGUAUCUCACAGAUGCCGGAAGGUCUUAUUUUUACAACCAUGAAACGGGUGAUUGCCACUGGAAACCACCACGGUUUUUGAAACCACCUUUAGAAGUUAUCGGUGCGCUAAAUGGUUUGAGCAGUCAGCAGAAUAGCCCGCUGCAUAGUGAAGUGGAAACUAGAGAUGAUGUUUUAGCGUCAUGCUCGGAACCUCACCCUACGAUAUCUGCUGUUUGUUUUGCAAAGCUAGAUGAUGGUGUCAGUGUUGGGAACAGUAAAUCAGAUGCGGUUUGGUCAACAUUAAGCGUACGUAACAAAAUUACGGAAAAACGAAUGUCGGUGCAAACAAUAGCUCAAGAACUUCAAGCUACUGGACACUUACAUUCGCAUAAAUCAAAUGAGGAAAUUGGUACCGUUCCGAAAGCUGUUGGCGGCGAACCGUGUUCCAGUAAUUAUCCUAUUCACUUUCCUUCCAGAAGCAUUACACAUAAAUCGAUCAAAUGUGGAACACUGGAAAAGUGUAAAGUAGCAGAUGCAGGAAUACGACUAAAGAAGAAAGAAUGGACAUCUUGUUAUCUUUUUCUUUCUUCUGCUCAUAUCAUAUUUUACAAGGAUGAACGAAGUGCUGAGAAAUCAGGUCGUCAUUAUGAGGCACCCUUGGGCAUGUGCGAUCUUCGAGGAGCAUACGUAAAAUGGGCGAAUGAAAAGGAUAAACGUAGGAAGCAUAUUUUUCAGCUUGAACUAAUAGAUGGUACGAUUUAUUACUUUAGUACAUCAAAUACGCAGGAUGUGAAUGGAUGGUUCCAUGCAAUGCGUCAGGUCGUAUCUAAAUUGCCUCGUCCUGAUGCGUAUCCGACACCGGUGUUGGAAAGAGGUUUAGCUACCGCUGGUUUAAUACGAAAUUCAAGCAGUUUGUCUUAUUCCUCAAGAUCACUUAGUAUUAGUCAAACACGACGCUCUUUUAAGAAAUCGAAGGUGUCGGUGAAAGGUUCCGAGGUUGCAGUUACAGGUGAUGAAAAAAAGCGUGCUGAUAUUGAAGAGAUAAGGUUGACGCGUGAGUCUAUCAUUGAAAAACUAAAACGGUUUUUCCGAUCGAGACCGUCCAUAGAAAGCUUGAAAGAGAAAGGCAUUUACAAACGUUAAUUUUUCAAUUUUAUUUAUGUCGUCUAUAUUUUCUUUCGA